AUGUCUAUCUCCCCGCUAGCUGGGAAUAUUGAAAACAAGUUGAAGAAAGUGCUUGCCUUGCUUUCCUUUUGUCUGCAUCAAAAGGAUUCAUGCGAUAGGAUUAGUGAGCUUCCAAGAAAUACUAUUGUCAUUCAGUAUAAUUUGAGUACAUUUCUAUCCAGGCUCAGAAAGCAGAGAGGGAUGCUCAGAUUUAUAAACUUAGAGUUUGGUAAAAAGUGGGAGAAGGGAAAUAGCACAUACACCCAACAACAACUUGAUGAAGUGAGAAAUGAAUGGCCAGAAUUUGUUUUUGAGUCUGAAUAG